AUGCUACCCUACUGGAUUCUUCCCGUCCUUCCCUUAGCGCAGCUGGCCAGCGUGCACGCGACUCACCAGCAAGCCCAGCAUCCACUCAGCGGCUCGGACUUGCCGCCAGCCGUCGGGGGUCAGACCUGGCUAGAGAAGUACGGGCCACUGAUCGACCAGCCAUUUUCAGGCCUACUCUCGUUCUCUCAUCUCCCGUACUAUGCUCGCUGUAUCGAGGAUGACUCGAUGGAUCUCGACAUCGCACUGCUCGGAAUGCCGUUCGACACAGGAGUGAGUUACCGUCCAGGAGCUCGCUUUGGUCCCCAUGCCAUCCGGUCAGGCAGCCGUAGGCAGAAAGAGACUCGAGGAUACACCCUUGGAUGGGGUAUCAAUCCUUACACCCUCGGCUACAAGAUUGUGGAUUGCGGCGACGUUCCUGUGUCACCUUUUGACAAUGCACUUGCCGUUGACCAAAUGGAAGUUGCCUACUCGACGCUGCUUGCUCGUCCUGUGACACAUGCAGACGAUCCCGUGCAUGGGAUUACUUCCGCAUUUGCAAAGGACGGGAAAGAACAUCCCCGGAUCGUAACCAUGGGCGGUGACCACACCAUCGUUCUCCCCAUCCUUCGCGCCUUGAACAAGGUCUACGGGCCAGUGUCCGUCAUCCACUUCGAUUCGCACCUUGAUACCUUUCCAGCCUAUCCCGGCCAGUCUACCGAACAGGCGCGAGUCACUCACGGGACCUUUUUCUUCCUCGCGCACGAAGAAGGCCUCAUGACUAACACCAGCGUGCAUGCUGGGAUUCGGGGCAAGCUCACGGGCACAGGCGAUUUGGAGAACGACGAUACCGCCGGCUUUACGAUUAUUUCUACUGAUGAUAUCGACGACUACGGUGUGAACGAGAUUAUCAAGCGUAUUCGCGAGCGUGUCGGCAACAGCCCAGUUUAUCUCAGUCUCGAUAUCGACGUUAUCGACCCUGGCCUCGCCCCAGCCACCGGAACUCCAGAAGCAGGAGGCUGGACGACCCGCGAGGUGAAACGCAUUAUCCGCGGCCUUGCAGGCCUGAACUUCGUAGGAGCCGAUAUCGUCGAGGUGGCCCCGGCUUAUGAUCAUGCUGAGAUCACCGGCCUCGCCGCGGCGGACCUAGUGCACGACUUCUUGUCGAUGUUCCUCAGUCAGGGACCGCCCAAACAACAGCCUACAUGGGCCCCUGCAAAAGAUGAACUAUAG